AUGAGUAGUAACCACCCACAACCAGCUACAUCGGUCAAACUAGUACUACUCGGUGAAGCAGCCGUUGGUAAAUCAUCACUAGUAUUGCGAUUUGUUUCCAAUGAUUUCCAAGAGAAUAAAGAACCAACAAUUGGAGCAGCAUUCUUGACCCAAAAAUGCACCAUUGGUGAUCGUACCAUCAAGUAUGAGAUUUGGGAUACAGCAGGACAAGAACGAUUUGCUUCACUAGCACCCAUGUAUUAUCGAAAUGCUCAAGCUGCUAUUGUAGUUUACGAUAUAACUAAACCUGCAUCGUUUGUUAAAGCUAGACACUGGGUCAAAGAACUACAUGAACAAGCAAGUAAGGAUAUCACCAUUGCUCUAGUUGGAAACAAGUACGAUUUGGUUGAAGAUGAACCUGAAGACGGCGGCAAUGUGGGUGAAGGAGAAGGAGGAACCCUGGAACUGUUGAGGAAAGUUAGCAAAGAAGAAGGACAAGCAUUGGCUGAUGAAGAAGGUUUACUAUUUUUUGAAGCAAGUGCAAAGACAUCAUAUAAUGUGAAUGAAGUAUUUGUUGGCAUUGGAGAAAAAAUACCUGACUCUAACAAACAAAGUGGUGGUAACACUGCCACUAAUAAUGGAGAAGUUGGUGAAAAUAGAAUUGACCUUAGUGUUGAGAAUAGGAAGUCAUCUUCUACAUGUUGUUAA